GUGAAGAGCGAAAACAGUACUACUCGUGCCUCCUCACCAAGCGCACCUCUUAACGCAUUGUUUCAAGGAUCAGCUGUGCAUGGAUCUAAAACCCCACCCAACGAGGAAGGGAAAGACGUGACGCAAAGCAACACGGAUCGCAAGAAAAUUACAGCCUUCAACGUGAUUGUCAUUCUGUAAAGGCUAAAACCCAAAACAUUGCUGUCGUUGAUAUUGCGGUUCUCGGGGAACUAGCUACAUCUUUGUAAUCCUCCCAUCAGAGCGCCGCGGCGGUGAAGACAUCCAGUCAGCUGAUAUUUUGCUACCAGGCUGUACCAAGAUACACCUAGCUGCGCUCUCAAGAUGAUGGCUCUUUUUAACAAGCUGUUGGACUGGUUCAAACAGCUAUUUUGGAAGGAGGAAAUGGAGUUGACACUAGUCGGUCUGCAGUAUUCGGGGAAGACCACAUUCGUCAACGUGAUAGCGUCGGGGCAGUUCAGUGAGGACAUGAUUCCUACAGUGGGAUUCAAUAUGAGGAAGAUCACUAAGGGCAACGUCACCAUUAAGCUGUGGGAUAUAGGGGGUCAGCCUCGAUUCCGAAGCAUGUGGGAGAGAUACUGCCGAGGAGUCAGUGCCAUUGUUUACAUGGUAGAUGCUGCAGACCCAGAGAAGAUUGAAGCCUCAAAGAACGAACUACAUAACCUCUUAGACAAACCCCAGCUACAGGGAAUCCCAGUACUGGUUUUGGGUAACAAAAGAGACAUUCCAGGUGCCUUGGAUGAGAAGGAGCUGAUUGAGAAAAUGAACCUGUCCGCCAUCCAGGACCGAGAGAUCUGCUGUUACUCCAUCUCCUGCAAGGAAAAAGACAACAUUGACAUUACCCUACAGUGGCUGAUCCAGCAUUCCAGAACCAGGAGGACAACAACAUAAAGAGUCCACCACCUGGACACCCCAAUCCUCCCCCAUCCAGGACCGUUACCCAAAGACCAGCUGGACCCCCCUCCUCUUCCAUCUUGUCAUCCUUCUUGUCAUCCCCUUCUGGCCCUUUCUUCUCUCAUCACCCUGUAUCCAUUUCCAGCCUACAUGUUUGUGAGUUCACACACAUCAGAGGAUUGAAUAGGUGUGAGCACUAUGGCAGAAUAUGGAGCCAUAAUCUGUGUUCUUACACAUCCAAUCUUCUGUGAACAUGGAGUAGGUGGAGGCUGGGGGUAGGGCUGUCUUCAUCCUCAACUCUCCUUCCGUCUGACCCAUCAUAUCCCUCCCAUCUACACUUUAAAGACACGGCUCCCCCCAUCCCUCUUACCGGAUUCUGUUCUUGUAAAGAGUGUGUCAAAAAUUAUGAUUUGCACUGUUUGAAUUGUUUGGUUUUCUAUCUAUAUGCAUUUUUUUUACACCAUGUACUUCAGACUGGUUGAAAUGGACUCUUUGCAGUCACCCACCAAGCUCUUGUUUUCAUUGACUGUUUUAGAUUUGUUUCUUUUUUUAUAUCAUAUACCUGUACAGUGUGGACCUGUUUCAGGAGGUCUUGGGGAAGUACGUCAUCUGUUUUUACUUCCUUAAAUUACUCCUCUAUUGGUCAAAAAGCAACUGUUUUCUAACCUGGGCUUCACAGCUGUUUCCAUAUCAACAAAGUGGCCAAUCUGUCUAACUGAUCAGGUGACAAGCUCUGACCAAUGAUUUGUUGAGAUUGUUUUUGAACACAGCCAUUUCUUAUUUCUCCUAUGUCUUACCUAGCUUAAAGGAAAGGCUUUCCACUUCAGUAUGAAGGAUAUAAAAUUGUAAUACAGAGGUCAGCUUGACCAAUAUGGUCAUAUUGGUUUGCCGGACCAAAAUGACUUUUCAGUGAAUUGUUCCAUAGUGAUGCAUGAGAAUCAAUAAAGUUUCGUACGUCGCCAAUA